AUGCCCUUCUGUGUUCUUGGGGCUUUGGAAAAUGCUGACCUUCUCUCACUGCAUGUGUUCCUGGUGAAGAUGUAUAUUAACCGUGACGACUAUAACCGCACCGAGCCCUUACAUAUAGCCUGUAAGGUGCUGUGCAUGAAAGGCAGCAGUGUGACAAUGCACUCAGUGCAAGUUGCCAUGGAGAUGAUCCAGGCAGUUGCAAAGAAAGAUUAUGCGAUGCUCCAUGUCUGGAUCUUGUCAGGGGUGGACAUGUACAGUAAGGACUACAAUGACCGCACUGCUAUGUACCAAGCAGUCACAAUGAAAGAUGAAGCCAUGAUUCACAGGCUGCUACAGUAUGAAGCAGAACCUCUGGAAAAGGAUGUGUUUUUGAGGCAGACAGCACUGAACCAGCCAAGGCUUCGUAAUGACGCAAACAUGUCACUGCUUGACCCUCUCUUCACCUCUCUUCAGCUUGCCCACCCACAGAAGAAGAAAUGA